CCUGGGCGCGGCGGCCCGCCCGGGCGUCCCCCUGGGCGUGCGUUGACAGGUUCUCCGGUUCUCCGGUUCUCCGGUUCCCCGGGAGCAGGGGAGAGGCCGCCUCGGCCCCGAAUCCAGUCUGCUGUCGACAGGCUCCGCGACCUUGGACACGUUGCUUGACCUCCGUCCUCUCUCUUUUCCGUAGAAGGUUCUCGUUUGUUGUGAGAGACCGUAUAUUCAAUUGCUUAGCAGAGUUGCGAGGGUAAAUUCAGCGCAAGGUUCAGAGGCGUAGUGACUGGCCUAGGACGAGCCACUAGGAAAGUGGAAGUGAGGCCUCUACCAGUCAAUGGCACCAUUCGCGAGAAUUGAAUCGACUGAGUUCAGAUCACCAGCAGACAUCGGCCUAGAAAUCUGGAAGCGGGAGGUGGAAUCAGCAUCUUUGCUUGCGGUGCAGGAAUCUGACCAUGCAACAGGCUCGAGAUAAGCCCCAUAAGAACAGCCAAAAGCAGAGCGGCCAGGAGUGGUUGCUCUUGUGUAAUCCCAUGCAAGUGUCAGUAUCUGUUGCCAAAUACUGAAAGAGAAGUCGGUGCCAGCUGAUCGUCAUAAAAGCUUUCCCAGCACUUGUGGCUUUGGAGGCUAAAGACACAGGGCACCCUGAUACAUAAUGUGCAAAGGAUGCCCAGGAGAUCAGCCCCUGUGAGCUGAGGUGGUUCAGCAUGUUGACUCUCAAUAUAGACAGGUUCUGGCCUGGCCUGCUGAUCACGCUGGGCUCCCUCUGCCCAGGAGGAUCACCAUGCGGCAUCUCCACGCACAUAGAGAUAGGACACAGAGCUCUCGAGUUUCUCCACCUUCACAAUGGGAGUGUUAACUACAAGAAGCUGUUGCUUGAACACCAGGAUGCCUACCAGGCGGGAGCCGUGUUCCCUGAUGCGUUCUACCCCAGCAUCUGCGAGAGAGGGCAAUUCCACGAUGUGUCUGAGAGCACUCACUGGACCCCCUUUCUGAAUGCAAGUGUUCAUUACAUCCGAGAGAACUAUCCCUUUCCCUGGGAGAAGGACACAGAGAAAUUGGUAGCUUUCUUGUUUGGAAUCACCUCUCACAUGGUGGCCGAUGUCAGCUGGCACAGCUUGGGGAUCGAACAAGGAUUCCUUAGGACAAUGGGAGCCGUUGAUUUUCAUGACUCCUAUUCUGAGGCGCAUUCGGCUGGUGACUUCGGUGGAGAUGUGUUGAGCCAGUUUGAAUUUAAUUUUAAUUACCUUGCACGGCGCUGGUAUGUGCCCAUUGAAGAUCUGCUGGGAAUUUACAAGAAACUCUAUGGCCGAGAAGUCAUCACCAAAAGUGCAAUUGUUGACUGUUCAUACCUUCAAUUCUUGGAAAUGUAUGGUGAGAUGUUAGCUAUUUCCAAGCUUUAUCCCACUUUCUCCAGAAAGUCCCCAUUUUUGGUGGAACAAUUCCAAGAAUAUUUCCUGGGGGGACUGGAUGACAUGGCGUUUUGGUCCACUAACAUCUACCGUCUGAUGAGCUUCAUGUUGGAGAAUGGGACCAGUGACUGCAACCUGCCCGAGAACCCUCUGUUCAUUGCAUGUGGCGGCCAAAAAACAAGCACCCAGGGCUCUAGAGUACAGAAAAAUGAUUUCCAUAGGAACUUGACUGCAUACCUAACUAAAGAUGUUGGGAAAAAUAUAAAAUAUACCCAAAGAGGUGUGUCCUUUAGUGUGGAUUCCUGGACCUCGGAUUCCCUGACUUUUAUGUACCAGGCUUUGGAAAGGAACAUACGGACAAUGUUUACAGGCGCUCAGCAGUCAUGGAAACAUGUCUCCAACCCUUUGGCCUCUUAUUACCUGUCUUUUCCCUAUGCAAGACUUGGUUGGGCAAUGGCCUCGGCUGACCUCAACCAGGACGGGUACGGCGACCUGGUGGUGGGUGCCCCGGGCUACAGCCGCCCUGGCCACGUCCAAGUUGGGCGCAUAUACCUCCUCUACGGCAAUGACCUGGGCCUGCCCCCCAUCGACCUGGAUCUGGACAAGGAGGCCCACGUGAUCCUGGAGGGCUUCCAGUCCUCAGGUCGGUUCGGCUCGGCUGUGGCUGUGUUGGACUUCAACCAGGACGGCGUGCCUGACCUGGCCGUGGGAGCGCCAUCAGUGGGCUCUGAGCAGCUCACCUACACGGGUGCGGUGUACGUCUACUUCGGCUCCAAACAAGGAGGAAUGGCUGCUUGCCCCAACGUCACCAUCUCCUGCCAGGACACCUACUGUAACUUGGGCUGGACACUCUUGGCCGCAGAUGUGAAUGAAGAUGGAGAGCCCGAUCUGGUGAUGGGCUCCCCUUUUGCACCAGGUGGAGGGAAACAGAAGGGAAUGGUGGCUGCGUUUUACUCUGCCCCCAGCUGGAGCAACCAAGAAAAGCUGAACGUGGAGGCGGCCCCCUGGAUGGUGCGCGGUGAGGAGGACUUCUCCUGGCUAGGCUACUCCCUCCACGGGGUCAGCGUGCACAACAGAACUUUGCUGUUGGUGGGGAGCCCAACCUGGAAGAACUCCAGCAGUCUGGGCCAUCUGUUCCGUGCUCAGGAUGAGAAACAGAGCCUUGGACGGGUAUAUGGCUAUUUUCCCCCAAAUUGCCGAAGCUGGUUUACCAUUUCUGGAGACAAGACGAUGGGGAAGCUGGGGGCUUCCCUGUCCAGUGGCCAUGUGAUGGUGAACGGGACCCGGAAACAAGUGCUGCUCGUUGGAGCCCCGACUCAUGAUGAGGUGUCCAAAAUGGCAUUCCUGACCAUGACCUUGCACCAAGGUGGGACCACUCGGAUGUACGAACUGACCCUCAACGCACAGCCUGCUCUGCUCACCACCUUCAGUGGGGACCGCCGCUUCUCUCGAUUUGGUGGAGUUCUGCACCUGAGCGACCUGGAUGGUGAUGGCUUAGAUGAAAUCAUUGUGGCAGCCCCACUGAGAAUAACAGAUGUCACCUCUGGACUGAUGGGGGGAGAAGAUGGUCGUGUUUAUGUUUAUAAUGGCAAACAUAUCACCUUUGGUGACAUGACAGGCAAAUGCAAAUCAUGGACAGCUCCAUGUCCUGAAGAAAAGGCCCAGUAUGUACUGGUUUCUCCUGAGGCAAGUUCAAGAUUUGGGAGCUCUGUGAUCACCGUGAGGUCGAAAGACAAGAAUCAGGUUGUCGCUGCUGCCGUGAGGAGUUCUCUGGGAUCCCGGCUCUCUGGGGCCCUGCACGUCUACAGCCUGGGCCUUGAUUAAAGACUUCACCGUGUUUUCCUACCCUGCGUGCCCUCCCUCGUGCCAGGUCAGCUCCAGGGUGAGCAUUCUGGUGGACGAAGCGGGACAUCAGGGGAGCCCUGGGAGAUCCUGCAAGAGGAUGCAUGCCUCCCUGGGAACAUGAUACAGUCCCUCCUUCCUUGCUUCCCUUGUAUUUAAGCUUAUUCCCAACUUGCUGCCUGUGCUUGGACCUGUUGUACAACCUCUUUCCUCUUCCACAUGAAUACCUGGGUCUUUCUGAUGCUUGGAAAGGCUCUGUGGUUCUUUUAGGAAAACCUCUGUCACCAUUUCUCCUAAAAUAAAUGUCCUUUUAAAAAUGGUGACCCAACCAAUCAAAGUGAACUAGAAAGCAUAGUUUACAAGGAAAAAAUGAGCAGAGAAAUAGCAGUGGCAAGUACGGUGGUUCAUCUGCUGUAAGCGGGUUGGUCCUUUCUUAGAAGGACUAGUGCAUUUAUAUAGUGAAGGACAAAUACAAAACUAAAACCUCACCUCGUUCCCUCAAAGGCUUUUGUAGAAGCAGCUGUUCUAACAGUUGAACCUAGGACUCUCCAGGGGAGAGUCCUCCCAAGGGAAGCCAUUGUUGCAUUGGGUUGAUACAAGCCCUGCCAACAAAACUAAUGAAGAAGAGACCUGGCCCAAGGCCACUGCAAGGGACCAGAAGGGGUGAAGCAAGCCAUACCUGUCUUUGUUCCUGGGCUGGUUUUUGUAGAUUUCACUGCCUAUCCUGCAGGAGGGCACAUUUGAGGGAAAGGAACCUAUCAGAGGCUUUUAGCUUCAUGAAACAUGUGAAGGCAUUAUUACUAAUUCUGCAGCAAUCAGGGAAGAGCCUUUUUCUCCUGGCACUAGCAAAAAGGGUACUAAAAAAAGCAGGGAAAACUGAUGACAAGAACCCUUUUUAGUUUCUGUAGAGGCAGUGGAGACUCGUUCAAAGAAGACAGGAAGUCAGCUGAGGAGUAAAGUUAAAUUAGAAAUCAAGGGAAAGCUACUAGAGUUAAAAUCGUGAGCAUAAGGUGAGUAUAUAAAGGGGAAAAAUAGGCAUGUAUCUAGAUGGCACCUCUGUAUGACUUCUGGGACUGUCAUCUUUCCUAAAGAGGUAUGCUAACUGCAUGGUUCCCUUGGGCACAGCAAAAAGCACAGACACACCAUUUAGCUUCAUUUGGGUAAUGAUUAUGGGUAGCUCAACUUACAUGAAAUACUAUUAGUUAACUGUAUUCACUUACGAAUUGAAGUCUGCAUUCUUUCAUACUGCCAUUGCUAUAGAAAGUGUCUAUGCUUCCCUAAUGGACAGGGCCUGUUUGAAACAUGAUUACCAUCUACCUAAGGAUUCAUAUUUUCCUCAAUGCCUAAACAUACCAGAUCAGAUUUCAUACAGGAUAUUUAACCAUCAAGUGUUCAAGGUCAACCUGGAUGGCAAAGAUGUACAAACCUAGGAUACAGAUGCUAACGCAUCAUCCCAAUAGGUGGAUUAAAUUUUCACUACACUAAGUAUUAACUGUAGUUCUGAGCAUGGAUUCUAAAAUGCUUAACAACAAUGGAAAUACCUUGUAGAGUUUUAAUCUCUCAUUAACACAAAUCUGAACUAUUUAAUAACUCCAUUACCUUUAUUUCAAGAUAUCAAAACACAACUACAUAUGUGUGAUUUGUUUUUAUAUUACCUGCAUAUGUAACAACUUGCUGCAAGACAGGAGUGUUUCUAUGCCUUUGAACCCCAGCCCUAUGCCCCAUCCACUCACCAUACAGUAGACCACCACCACAGGUAUUACACUAAAGUAAUGAAACUCAAUCCUGAGAUUAAAGUGUGUUAAAUAUUGUGACUUCAAAAAUAAAGCUGUAUACAACUCCUGA